AUGCCGGCCAUCCCGAGCUAUCGGGAGGUCGGCGACCGGCCCCGGCGGUGCCCGCCCGCCGCUGACCCGCCGGUGGCCCCCGGGUUAGCCAUGCGGCCGUCCCUCCUCCCGCGGCGGCCCACGCCGCCCGCAUCCGCGCCCCCGGUCGACAUGAUGCGCCUCCUGCCGCUGGACUUGGCCGAGGACAAGGAGACGUGGCUGUGCGCGCCCGGGCGGGGCCCCGAGGUGGACUCCUGGCCCGUGGACCUGGGCGACGAUCAGUUGUCGUCCGACGCGUCGGAGUCCGUGAGCAGCGUGUCGGUGGAGUGCGACGAGAUGGAGCGGCUGGAUGUUGGCAAUGAUGCCGACGGGCAGCACGGCGGUGGGUUCGCCGAUCAUGCCGGCCGGGCCCGGGCCAACCCGGAGCCACCGCCGCGCUCGCCGCCCAAUCGAAACCCUGGCCCGGGGCAGGGGGGGGCAUCAUCGUUUCGCGCCGGUGCGCGGGACGCGGGCGAGUGGGAUGGGCGGCACGGGGAGGUGGAGGAGGUCCAGCUGCUGUUUCCCAUUGAUUGCUCGUCGGACGACAUGGUGUGGCUGCUGGGUGGGGCGGAGAGAAGGGCCCGCGGCCGGGCCGGGUCCAACGUGGAUGUGCUGUUCCCGGCGGGCUGCAGCGACACGGACAAGGACUGGCUCACGCGGGCGGGCAGCCUGUCGGAGAUGGACUGGCUGGUACCUGCGGGGGAGGCGCAGAAGAUUGCGCCGCAGGUUUCGUUUUGA